GUUCGGUCUCUAGUUCCAAAUGUUUUUUCCCUUUUCGAUCAAUCGGACGAUCUUUGCUUUGAAAGCAUAGAAACACUUGAAGAAAUCAAGAACCGUAUCCAAAUGAAGCUUCAUGUAUCUGAUGACGACUUUCCCAAGUGGAAGUUGCGUUCAUGUGACCAUGUCAAUGGAUGUUGUUUAUAAUCGCUUCCAGUAAAUCGAACGAGUCGACUAAACCGAAUUAUAUUGAUCAUCCGGUUUGUUUUGAUUGAAUUUGAGCGACACGCAGUUCAGCUCCAGAACUUGAAUUCGGCAAGCAGUAACACCGAUGUAUAACGGAGGCGAGGCUUCUUCCCACACAGACACAGAGGAUAUAGGAAACUGCGAAGCGAAAAAGCUUCGUGGCUCUAAAGGUUAGAGCUUUAUUCAAUUUCUCGAAUUGAAUCAGAUUUAGCACACUGUGAGUUAUUUGCAUUGUCUUUGUAAUGUAUUCUCUGAUUCUCCAUGGAAGAAAGUUGGUCCAGUUGCAGAAAUGGCGCCAUUUGAGGGUUUCAGUGAAUCUUUUUCAAAAUGGAUCAGCUUUUUCCAAUACCUUCUCCUCCUCUGCUAUUGCUGCUGAUGUGAGCUCAAGAGAUGGUCGAAAAGGUCACAACUUUACAGUUUCUUACCUCGUUGAUUCAUUAGGUUUAGCUACAAAAGUCGCUGAAUCGAUCUCCAUGAAAGUCAGUUUCGAUAACAAGGGCAACCCUGAUUCUGUUCUGAGUCUUUUGAGAAGUCAUGGGUUCACUGAUUCUCAGAUCUCCAACAUCAUUAGGACUUUCCCAAGAUUGCUUAUCCUAGAUGCUGAGAAAUCCCUUGCUCCCAAGCUUCAGUUUCUGCAGUCCAUAGGUGCUUCAAGCUCUGAGCUCACCGAGACUGUUUCUGCAGUUCCGAAAAUAUUGGGGAAGAGAAAGGGCAAAUCUCUCAGCAGAUACUAUGAUUUCGUCAAAGUCAUUAUAGAAGCGGAUAAGAGUUCCAAGUUAGAAAAGUUAUGUCAUUCUUUGCCAGAGGGUAGUAAGCAGGAGAACAAAAUCAGAAAUUUAUUGGUGUUGAGAGAAAUGGGUGUGCCUCAGAGGUUGUUAUUCUCAUUGCUUAUAUCCGAUGCCGGAGAUGUUUGUGGUAAAGAAAAAUUUAAAGAAUCACUCAAGAAGGCUGUUGAGAUUGGUUUUGAUCCAACCACCGCAACUUUUGUCAAAGCUCUUAACGUUCUUUACGGAUUAAGCGACAAAGGAAUUGAAAAUAAAUUCAAUGCCUGUAAAAGGUUAGGCUUGGCUGUGGACGAUGUAUGGGCAAUGUUCAAGAAGUGGCCAAACAUUCUGACAAAGUCUGAGAAGAAGAUAGAGAACUCCGUUGAAACAUUUCUAGGCCUAGGAUUCAGCAGAGAUGAGUUUUUGAUGAUGGUCAAGCGAUUCCCUCAGUGCAUUGGAUAUUCUACAGAGUUGAUGAAGACGAAGACUGAGUUUCUGGUGACGGAGAUGAAUUGGCCACUAAAGGCUGUGGCUUCAAUCCCUCAGGUACUCGGAUACAGCCUAGAGAAGAGGACUGUCCCAAGGUGUAAUGUUAUCAAAGUUCUCAUCUCAAAAGGAUUGCUCGAAAGUGAACUCCCUCCAAUAUCCUCUGUUUUGACAAGUACCAGUGAGGUGUUUUUAUAUAUGUAUGUUAGGAAACAUGAUGACAAGCAGCUUGUGGCUGAGUUGAUGGCUAUCUUCACCGGAGAUCGUGUUUCACUCACCGAUCAGAAGACACGCCUAGAACAAUGAGCAAAGUCAAGGAUGGAUUUUUUUUUUGUUUUCUGUUAGGUUUAGAUUCAUUAGUGAAUCUUGAUGCUUGACUUUUGGAAGUAGAGAAUAGAUUUUGUGUAUGAGUGUCUGAAACCCAUUUAGACUUUUGUAAUCUUAAGUUGACCCGGAUCCAACCCGUUUUCUUCUAAUGUGAAAUCCGUUUGGG